GCAGGCAGAGGAGCGUCGCGGAGCCGCGGGAGCCCGUCCAGGUGUACGGCCAGGUUAACCUGAAUGAUUCUCACAAUCAGAUGGUCGUGCACUGGGCAGGAGAAAAGAGCAACGUGAUCGUGGCCUUGGCUAGAGACAGCCUGGCGAUACCAAGUCUCCAGAACAGCGAUGUUUAUGUGUCUUACGACUAUGGGAAGACAUUUAAAAAAAUAUCAGAGAAAUUCAGCUUUGGUGCAGGGAAUACCAGCAAGGUGGCGAUUGCUCAGUUCUACCACAGCCCCGCUGACAACAAAAGGUACAUCUUUGUGGAUGUCUUCAUCCAGUACCUCUGGAUCACGACUGAUUUCUGCAACAGUACUCAGGGCUUCUCCAUUCCCUUCAGAGCAGCAGAUCUUCUCUUGCACAGCAGGAACCCCAACCUGGUUUUGGGCUUUGAUAGCUCUCAUCCUAACAAACAGCUUUGGAAAUCAGAUGAUUUUGGUCAGACCUGGAUAAUGAUUCAGGAGCAUGUGAAAUCUUUCUCUUGGGGCGUUGAGCCAUAUGAUAAGCCAAAUACAGUUUACAUAGAACGGCACGAACCUUCGGGGUCUUCAACUAUCAUUCGCAGCACAGAUUUCUUUCAAACCAGGGAAAAUAAAGAAAUCAUUCUGGAAGAAGUGGAUGACUUCCAGUUCAGGGACAAGUAUCUCUUUGCCACAAAGACAGUGCAUUUAUUGGGUGGCCAGCAGCAGCCUUCAGUUCAGCUCUGGGUUUCCUUCAACCGCAAGCCAAUGCAAGCUGCACAGUUUGUAACCAGGCAUCCGAUUAAGGAGUACUACAUUGCCGACGCAUCCGAGGACCAGGUGUUUGUGUGCGUCAGCCACAGUAACAACCGCACCAACCUGUACAUCUCAGAAGCAGAAGGACUGAGGUUUUCACUGUCUUUAGAGAACGUGCUGUACUAUAGCCCCGGAGGAGCAGGCAGCGAUACCCUGGUCAGGUAUUUUGCCAACGAGCCUUUUGCAGACUUCCACCGAGUUGAGGGUGUGAGGGGCGUGUACAUCACCACGCUGAUAAACGGCUCCUUCAGCGAAGAGAACAUGCGGUCCGUCAUCACCUUUGACAAAGGGGGGACCUGGGAGUUCCUGCAGGCUCCAGCAUACACGCGCUAUGGAGAAAAGAUAAACUGCGAGUUUUCCCAGGGCUGCUCUCUUCACCUGGCCCAGAGACUGAGCCAGCUGCUUAACUUCCAGCUACGCAGAAUGCCCAUUCUCUCCAAAGAGUCUGCUCCAGGACUGAUCAUUGCUACAGGCUCGGUUGGCAGGAACAUGGCAAGCAAGACAAACGUCUAUGUUUCAAGCAGUGCCGGAGCAAGAUGGAGAGAGGCACUCUCUGGACCCCAUUAUUAUACCUGGGGGGACCACGGUGGCAUUCUUGUGGCAAUAACAGAGGGCACAGAGACAGACCAGCUCAAGUAUAGCACAAAUGAAGGGGAGACCUGGAAAACAUUCACUUUCUCAGAUAAGCCAGUAUUUGUAUACGGACUGCUUACUGAACCUGGGGAGAAGAGCACUAUAUUCACCAUCUUUGGCUCCUACAAAGAGAAUGGCCACAGCUGGUUGAUACUACAGAUCAACACCACUGAUGUGCUUGGAGUGCCUUGCACUGAAAACGAUUACAAGCUGUGGUCACCCUCCGAUGAACGAGGUAAUGAGUGUUUACUGGGGCAUAAAACAGUUUUCAAAAGGAGGACUCCUCAUGCGACUUGUUUCAAUGGAGAAGAUUUCGAUAGACCCGUGAUGGUCUCCAACUGCUCUUGUACAAGGGAAGACUUUGAAUGCGACUUUGGCUUUAAACUAAGUGAUGAUUUAUCAUUAGAAGUUUGUGUCCCUGAUCCUGAAUUUGCUGGGAAACCAUUUUCCCCUCCUGUUCCUUGCCCCGUUGGCUCAACUUACAGGAAGACAAGAGGAUACCGCAAGAUCUCUGGGGACACGUGUGUGGGUGGAGACAUUGAGUCCCGACUAGAAGGGGAGCUGGUGCCGUGCCCUCUAGCAGAGGAGAACGAGUUUAUUUUGUACGCCACACGCUACUCUAUCCACCGUUAUGAUCUUUCUUCUGGAAUAAGUGAAGAGUUGCCUCUAACUGGCUUGCAAGGGGCAGUGGCCCUGGAUUUUGAUUAUGAUCACAACUGCUUGUACUGGGCAGAUGUAACGCUUGACAUCAUACAGCGUCUUUGCUUAAAUGGCAGCUCUGGACAGGAGAUAAUCAUUAGUACUGGCCUAGAAACAGUGGAAGCUUUGGCUUUUGAACCUCUCAGUCAGCUGCUUUACUGGGUCAAUGCUGGUAUUCCAAAAAUUGAGGUUUCCAACCCAGAUGGAGACUUGAGAUUCACUGUUUUAAACUCUUCUGUGCUUGAACGGCCCAGAGCCCUGGCUCUGGUUCCCAAAGAAGGGUUGAUGUUCUGGACUGACUGGGGAGACUCAAGACCGGGCAUUUACAGAAGUGAUAUGGAUGGUUCAUCAGCCAGCUGCAUCGUCUCUGUGGGAGUGCGGUGGCCAAAUGGCAUUUCUGUGGACGAUCAGUGGAUCUACUGGACAGAGGCUUACAUGGACAGAAUUGAGAGGGUGGAUUUUAAUGGAAUGCAGAGAUCCAUGAUCCUGGACAGCCUUCCGCACCCUUAUGCUAUCGCUGUAUUCAAGAAUGAAAUCUACUGGAACGACUGGUCACAGCUGAGUAUUUUUAGAGCAUCCAAGUACAGCGGAUCGAGAAUGGAGAUUCUGGUUGGCCGAUUAAAUGGGAUCAUGGAUAUGAAGAUCUUUUACAGGGGAAAGACAACAGGGCAGAACGCCUGCAUUGCCAAGCCUUGCAGCCUGCUCUGCUUACCAAAAUCAAACAAUGGCAGGAGCUGCAAGUGCCCAGAGGGAGUCUCCAGCAGCCUGCUCCCAUCGGGGGAAGUGAGGUGCGACUGCCCACGUGGCUAUCGGAUGAAGAACACCACCUGCAUAAAGGAAGAAAACACCUGUCUGCCCAACCAGUACAGAUGCUUCAAUGGGAACUGCAUAAACAGCAUUUGGCAGUGUGACAACGAUAAUGACUGUGGAGACAUGAGCGAUGAGAAAAACUGCCCCACAACAGUGUGCGACGCCGAGACUCAGUUCCACUGCCAGGGCUCAGGGACUUGCAUCCCGCUGUCCUACAAAUGCGACCUUGAGGAUGACUGCGGAGAUAACAGCGAUGAAAGUCACUGCGAGGCUCACCAGUGUAGAAACGAUGAAUUCAGCUGCAGCUCAGGGAUGUGCAUUCGUCUUUCGUGGAUGUGUGACGGCGAUAACGAUUGCAGAGACUGGUCAGACGAAGCAAACUGCACUGCAGUAUACCAUACAUGUGAAGCCUCCAGUUUCCAGUGCCGGAACGGACAUUGCAUCCCCCAGCGGUGGGUCUGCGAUGGCGAUGCCGACUGCCAGGACAGCUCCGAUGAGGACCCUACCAACUGCGAGAAAAAAUGCAAUGGCUUCCAGUGUCCGAAUGGGACCUGCAUUCCAACCAGCAAGCACUGCGACGGGAUGCACGACUGCUCUGAUGGCUCAGAUGAACAGCACUGUGAGCCCCUUUGUACACGUUACAUGGACUUUGUGUGUAAGAACCGGCAGCAGUGCUUGUUCCACUCCAUGGUGUGUGAUGGCAUUGUCCAGUGUCGGGAUGGCUCAGAUGAAGAUGCCGACUAUGCUGGAUGCUCACAAGACCCAGAGUUUCACCGGACCUGCGACCAGUUCAGCUUCCAGUGCCAGAAUGGCGUGUGCAUUAGCUUGGUGUGGAAGUGUGAUGGGAUGGACGAUUGUGGGGAUUACUCUGAUGAAGCAAACUGCGAAAAUCCAACAGAAGCCCCAAACUGCUCUCGAUACUACCAGUUCCAGUGUGCAAAUGGGCACUGCAUCCCGAACAGGUGGAAAUGCGAUGAGGAGAACGACUGUGGAGACUGGUCGGAUGAGAAGGAUUGCGGGGGUUCGCAGAUACUGCCCUUUACCACGGCGGCCCCAACGACGUGCUCACCUAAUCACUUCCGUUGUAACAGUGGCGCCUGCAUCAUGAACAGCUGGGCGUGUGACGGAUACAGGGACUGCCCAGAUGGCUCUGAUGAGGAAGCCUGUCCAACUUCAUUAAUCAAUGUCACUGCGACCUCCAGCACCUUCCUGGGCCGGUGCAGCCGAUUCGAGUUCGAGUGCCAGCAGCUGAGGAAAUGCAUCCCAAACUGGAAGCGAUGCAAUGGCGUGGGAGACUGCCAGGAUGGCACGGACGAGAUGAACUGUCCUACACCCAGCACACUGUCAUGCCCUGAUGGCUAUAGAUGUGAAGAUGGGGAGGCCUGCCUCAUGACAACAGAACUGUGUGAUGGAUUUCUUGACUGCCCAGAUAGCAGCGACGAGAAAAACUGCACUGAUGACACAAUUGUGUACAAAGUCCAGAAUCUCCAGUGGACUGCUGAUUUCUCUGGUGAUGUGACUUUAACCUGGGCUCGACCCAAAAAAAUGCCCUCCGCAUCCUGUCUCUAUAACGUCUAUUAUAGGAUGGUUGGUGAAAGUAUUUGGAAAAUUUUAGAAACUCACAGCAACAAAACAAACAGCAUCUUAAAAGUCCUCAAGCCGGAUUGCACGUACCAAGUCAAAGUCCAGGUCCAUUGUCUCACCAAAAUCUACAACACUAACGACUUCGUUACUCUGCGCACACCGGAAGGAUUACCCGAUGCCCCUUUCAAUCUUCAGCUGUCCCUAAACAAAGAGGUCGAAGGCACAGUGAGCAGCCGCUGGACUCCACCUGCGAAUGCCCAUGGCCUGAUACGAGAAUACAUUGUGGAAUACAGCAGAAGUGGCUCCAACGAGUGGUCAUCACUUCGAGCCAGUAGGAACUAUACUGAGAUCAAGGACCUGCAGCUCAACACACUGUAUACCUUUAGAGUUGCCGCGGUAACUAGUCGGGGAGUAGGAAACUGGAGCGAUUCCAAAUCCAUCACCACCACAAAAGGCAAAGUUAUUCCGCCGCCUACCAUACAUAUUGAGAGUUACAGUGAAGACUCUAUUAGUUUCACCCUGAAAAUGGACACUAAAACUAAGGUGACUGGUUAUGUCGUGAACAUCUUCUGGACAUUUGAUACCCACAGGCAGGAAAAAAGGACUUUGUUCAUAGAGGGAGAAAAGUCCACGCAAAAAGUGGCUAAUUUGACAGCUCACACACCGUAUGAAAUUUCUGCUUGGGCCAAGACCGAACUGGGUGACAGUCCUUUGUCUUUUGCACAUGUUGUGACCAGUGGUACGAGACCCGCACCUCCAAGCCUCAAAGCCAAAGCCAUCAACCAGACGGCGGUGGAAUGUAACUGGACAGGACCAAAGCACGUGGUAUAUGGUGUUUUCUAUGCUACAUCUUUCCUAGAGCUAUACAGAAACCCUCACAACACUACCACUACUGCAUAUAACAUCACCAUGAUUGUGAACAGGGAUGAGCAGUACCUGUUUCUGGUCCGUGUGAUAUCGCCUUAUCAAGGGCCACCUUCUGACUACAUUGUGGUGAAGAUGAUACCCGACAACAGGCUUCCUCCUCGGCAUCUCCAUUCUGUGCUCACUGGAAAGACAUUUGCAGUCAUUAAAUGGGAGUCGCCCUACGAUUCACCUGACCAGGACAUGUUAUAUGCUGUUGCAGUAAAGGAUUUAGUAAGAAAAAUGGAUAAAAUCUACAAAGUGAAAACCCGUAACAGCACAGUGGAAUACACCAUUAAAAAGCUGGAACCUGGAGGAAAAUAUCACAUAAUCAUUCAACUCGGAAACAUGAGCAAAGAAUCCAGCAUGAAAAUUAACACAGUUCCUCUGUCUGCACCAGAUGCCCUAAAAAUUAUAACCGAGAAUGACCACAUUCUGCUUUUUUGGAAGAGUUUAGCCUUAAAAGAAAGUAAUUUUAACGAAAGCCGGGGUUAUGAGAUUCACAUGUUUGACAGCGCAAUGAAUAUCACAGCUUAUCUUGGGAACACCACAGAGAACUUCUUCAAAAUUUCCAACCUGAAGCUUGGCCAUAACUAUUCAUUCACAGUUCAGGCCAGAUGUCUUUACAGUGGACAGAUGUGCGGGGAGCCUGCUACACUUCUUUAUGAUGAACUAGAAACUGGUGAAGAUCACGCAGCAUCCCAAAUGGGAAAAUCCACGGACGUAGCUGCCGUUGUGGUCCCAAUCUUAUUCCUGUUGCUUGUGACCGUGGGAAUAGGGUUUGUUGUAUUAUACAUGAGACACAGAAGGCUUCAGAACAGUUUCACUGCCUUUGCGAAUAGCCACUACAGCUCUCGUCUCGGCUCAGCUAUAUUCUCAUCAGGUGAUGAUUUAGGUGACGAGGACGACGAAGCACCGAUGAUAACUGGAUUUUCAGACGACGUCCCCAUGGUCAUUGCGUGAAGCUCAUUUCUUGACUGUAAACCAAAUGGUGUAAAUAUUUCAUUUGAUAAAAAUAGUCAAUUGUUUAUUUUACAAAUGCACUUUGAGUUGCAAUACGUUAUUUUUAUAUGGGCCAAAAAAAGAAAAAGAAAAAAAAACACUUUGUAGUAAUCAACUGUGAACUGCAAAAACCAGGUUGAUUUAGUAACAAAUUGCUUUGAUUUAACAUUAAUUUAGUCUUACAAGGCUAUGCUUGCUGGGCAUGCUUUCAAGUCUGUGAGAUAUUUUCUGUUGAUGAAAUUGGCUACUCUUUUUAUUUUUCUAAGACAAUAAUAAAUUUAUUUAAAAAAAAUUCAGGAGAUUAUAUAGAGAGAGAGAGAGAGAGAUAAGUAAUAUAGUCCCUGAAGGUUUUACUUUUACUUUGAAAAUCGUUUGGACUUUGUUUUAUAUGGAAGUAUUUUGUUUUGUUAAUUUAUUGGGAAAUCUGCGUUAGAUCAGAUUUUCAGAGUCGUCAGACAUUGUACACAUUAUUGUGUAGAACAUGUGCCACUUUAUCUUGCAAGGCAGUAGUUUUUCAUCACCAGAUUCAUUGUUGUUGCCAUAAAGCAAAUAAAACAAAUGUUAUUUUGCUUUUUAAUAUUUUUCCAUGAUUCAACAAACAAUUUGGGGUCAUUAUUUUGAAAUGUGGGCCCCUUUUCAGGAUAGCUCUUAAGUAUGAAAUUAACUUUAAGCAUGGAUUUAAAUCCUAAUUACUUUAGCAGGACGUAAGCCAGUGCUUCAGUGCUUUCCUGAACUGGGGAAUGCAGAUCUAUGAAGCAAAUGUACCUGAUUUUCAGAGAUGCUCAGGACCCCACAGCUCCUGCUGACUUUGAAAAGUCAGGCCACUUUUUAACCCAGACUCAAUAUGUGCCUAACUAUAAACACAUACCUAAUGAUGCACCUGAGUCAAGGUCUUAUUUAAGAGAUUCAGGGCCACAUUGUGCCAAUGCUUAUGCAUGUGAGUGAUUUCACACACACAUACACACACACACACACUAGUAGUAUAUUGUCAGCCACUGUGCUACUCACAUGAGUAAAGUUACUUGUAUGAUGAGUUUAGAGAUCUGGCACGAAAUAGGGAUUUAGGUAUGCAUAUGCAAGCACCCAGGUUUUCAGUGUUUGUCCCUUACCUCCACACUCGAUGUUACUACAGUCUGCAAUGUUCUGUAAAUCACCAGCAUUGUCCUAAAUGCUUUAGGGUUACGCGCAAUAGUGAAGUUGUUAAUUGUACCCUCUAUUGUUUUGCCUGAUUUUCUCAUUAAAUAGUUUUCUAAUGCCUGUCAAUAACAUCACUGGAAAAAAAAUGGCCAGUAAUAUUUUUAAAACACAAACUCAGUGAGACAAAACAUAUACCCUCCAAGAUACUAAUGUAUUGAUGUGUGACCCAGGAAAAACCUCAGGGUAAAUGCAGAGUAAGUGCUGAGACGUAGGUGUUCCGCAAUCUUAAAAAGCCUUAUGCAUCUGAAAAUCCAAAAUUAUUUGCAUUUGCAAUAGGAUUCUUUAUUCCUUCCUAUUAUCUGAAAGUAGCUGUGGCUCUAACUUCAAUUACGAAGUAACACACACACACACACAUAUAUAUUUUGUGUGUGUACACACAUAUAUAUUUUGUGUGUGUACACACACACACACACACAGUACUCACCAUCUUGCAGUUACUGUAGGCAUACUACCAGUUACAAAGCUCAAAUUUAGCCUCUGGAAAUGUAUGGUAUCAUUGCCUAGCCUUCUUGUGAUAGUAGAGCGUGAAUCUCCCCACCACGUCAAACUACUUGCCACCCCAAGUGAAUGUUCAUGGGUCACGUUGAUACAUAUUCUGUAUAUGCAAAACCUAGCCACUGUACGCAGUACAAUUCAAUGCAUUGUCUUGUCAUGAUGUAUUUUGUUUGAUUAAAUCAAAAGUAUCUUUGUUGUGUAAUUUAAAAUAUAAUUGCAGUCUUCCGACAGAUGGAGUGAGAGCAGAAAGGGCCAACCAUAUUUUGAUAGGCAAUGGAUCUCUUUAAUUUCAAAUACAGGAAAUAUAUAAAUAGUACAAGUUCUGUAUGCUUCCAUGUGCUAGAGAAAUACAAAAUAUAUAUUUUAACUAAUCAUUAUCACUGUCCUUAGCCAAUGAUAAAUUGAUUUAAUGUUUUUCUGUCGGUGGCCAAAACUAAUUUGGAUUCGACUACUGAUGCUUUAUUUAAGCUUGGGAAGUUGCGGCUUCCUUGUUUACUUGGCUAGAGCACCAGAUGUUGUUCUGAAGUACAUUGUGAGUAACACCAGCACAGCAUGCUAUCAUAUUGAAUCAUUCAGGAUUUACAUUAGAAUAUCCCAGAUUAGAAUUUAGUCUAGCAUCACAAAUUCCUAGAUUCAUCAAAAGAUUCAAAUGAGUUUCUAGGAAAAAGAAAGAACACGAGAGAGAAAAUAUUCAUCCCAAGAGUCCAGCUACUGUUUCUUUUUAAACAGUUGCAUCUCCCCAGUUAACACUGCCUUAAAAAAGGCAGUCUCUCAAAGGGUAUGAGUUUCUAUUGCACAUUCAGCCUGGUCAGAUCCUACUUGCUUUAUUUGUACUCCCACUUCACAAAAUGUAUCCGAGUAAGACGAGCAGGAUUUCACCCCCAUUUUUCACCCGUAAUGAAAUACCCUAAGGAUGAGCUCCAUUAACUAACCUCAUGGCCAUUUGAAAUAUCCAACCAAGAUUCCUCAGUACGUUUUCAAGCUUUUGACAAGAAAGACCCAGUCCAGUUGGGCAACUGAUAAUUGCUGGUCAUUCAGAAAAAUUUCACUGCACUCAUUACUCAGCAGCAUAUGUACCCAACGUAGGCCGUGUCCAGUUUAAAAUAUGCUGUUGGAAAUUAAACGUGCUGGAUAACAGUGCCUCAGUUAUAUAAUGCAUGCGAAACCGGGUCUGCACAAUGUCCGUGCGUUGCUAAUGUGAAAUGAAGGAUUUCAGUGGCAUUGAAGCAAUGCAUGGCCCUUGUGCUAAGUCUGCAGGACCGAAUUCCACCCUGUGUGAAUAAGUACUGCGGUGGAUAGACAUCCUCAACCCUUAAACAUUUUCCCUUACUGCAAAAAUGGCCAAGCAGCUUUACAGGGCUAGUGUAUUUUUUAUACAUAGAAAACUAAGCUCCAGGGAAGGGGUGUGGGGGGGGGAGGCGUGGGCUGGAUAGAUGCAGUUAUAGGCAAAUUGUAUAUUUUUAUGAACUUUCGAAGCACAGAAUCUUGUUAACAGAGAUGUGUGGAGGGGGUUUUUGUUGUAAAUUCGGGAAGCAGCUACGGAUGCAGAUUCUUGCUCUUGGUUUAAGAAACGCGACAGGAAACAGUACCCUGACUUAAUGAAGAGGGUGGGAUUUCCCUCGCAGUGACAAAACAAAGUGACUGGUUAACUUAGUUCGGAGGGCGCUGGGUUGUAAUCUGAUUUUGGUGAAUUUUCCAGUUCUUUAAUAUCAGUCAAAUGUUCAAAUCAAUUUUGUUUUUCGCGGAAGAUGUUAGAAGGAGACUGGCACUCUUAAGUCCAUUUGAACUAAAGAGAAGUGACGACAUUUGAAAGAUGUUGCCCGCCACAUUUCAGCUCCACCCGGUAAAAUCAGUGUGGAGGCACCAUUUCCGGGACUAGAAGUCCAGACACCAAGUCAAGUCAUAUUUGCUCUUCUUGCCUCUAUGGCAGAUUAGACGAUUGGGUCUCAGACGGGUCAUUUCCAGGCUGAUGGUCAGAAGCCAUUCCCGCAUCAGAAUUAGCAGAAUAUUUGGACCUGAUGGUUGGUAGGAGGCUUGUAGUAAAUGAGUUGGUGGGUUCAUUUCUUACCGGACAGGUGUCCAAAUCAUUAAAACCUGUGAACAAGAGAGCACUAAUUAUUGAAGCUGUUUCUAAACUUAUUCAAAGGCCUAAAACCAUGGUCAGAAGCUAUGGAAACUUGAACUGCUGUUGCAACCUGAGUUAAUAAUACAUCUUUUUCUUUUCCUUCUUCCUCCUUCUCUGCCCUCCCACGAGUGCAGACACAAUCAUUGCCAUCUCUUUACAUGACCCUCAAAGCAUUUAACAAAAUAAUGAAUUGGUUUGCCAGCACAGACAACCAUAAUCGAGCAGAGCCAAAAUUAUAUUGUCCUCUACAAAUGUCAAAUCUCUUUCAAAUGGACUUCGGAAUGAAAACGGUGCAGUUACCCUUGGAUCCAGACACUUCUUCAUUUAUAGGACCAGCUUCAAGGAUUAUAUAACUUGUGUUCAUUCCAGACUUUCAGCAACUUCGAGGCAGCCAGUCUUAAACAAUUUUGUUAGGAUUAUCUUCAACUGUUGCUGGAUUCCUUAACAAAGUGAAAGUUGGACAUCUAUCAUUUGAAUUGCUUUCUGUGUUUUUUUCCGUCACUGAUUUGUGCUACAGAUUUUAUUUCAUUAUUGCACAAGGUUCAAGGAUUCUUUUUUUGUCUUUCAAUGUCAAACUUUUUUCACUGAAUAAAAAUAAUUGAGUCAAGAAAACAGAUGUUUCCAAAAAAGAAAAAAACAAAUCCACUCUAUAUGUGUCUUGAGUUAUUCUUCAGAGUGCAAUAAAAAUGUGAAGCUA